AUGGUGCGUUCAUUUGGGGCCCUAAGGGCGGAGCGCGCGGCACCCCUCCCCCCCAGCCCCCGCGCGAGGCCAGGGGCCAAGCUGGAGAAACAGCGCCGGCCGGCGGCGGCGGGGACGGGGUGCGGCCUCCAGCCUGCCCCUGGAGGCGGCCCGCGGGAGCGCAGGCCCGCGGCGCGCCGGCGUGAUUCCUGCCGCGGGAGCCGGGAGGAGGAGCCGGAGGUGGCUGCGGGGGGCUCCGGCCCCGGCGAAGAGCCUCAGAGCCCAGAAGCCGAGCAUGCUGCCCCCGCGUGCAGCGCCCGCGUGCAGCCGGCCCGGAGAGGGGGCGACAGGGCGGAGGCGGUGGCCCCCGGAAGGUGUCUGGGACCGGACCGGCUGCACGUGAGCCCAGCGCGAGGUCAUGUGCACCGGCUCAGCCCGGUUCGGCGCCCGGACGUGCUGCGUAUCAACAAAAUGAAACUCGGGGAGACAGGAGGGCAGAUAGCUCCGGGUUCUCCGAGCCCCCGCCCCCGGCCGCUCGACCCCCCGACCCCUACCGGCACCCAUCUCCAGUCGCGGCCCGCCGCCCGGCCGGAGCCCGCGGGGCAAGUUGCAGCCCCGGCGCGCCCCCGCCCGCCCGCGCCCCCUCGCCGGCCCGGGGGCGCUUUGCCGCAGUCAUUAAUAAAGAAGGUCGCCAAGCUCACCCUUCCAAAAGUUGUUGUUGCAUGCGCCCCUCUCGGCCUCCCCGCACGGUACUCUUUAAAACACGACUGA